CGCGUCCGGAGCCUUCGACAAACAACGUUUCGGAUCCCGUUCCAGUCUCUCUGUACUGCAGGUUUCUUCUGCCGUUGCUGCUGCUGCUGCAGAUGGUCUCUUGCGCGCGCACCUCUUUCCUAAUCCCCCUCCUCUUCUUCUUCUUCUUCCUAUUUUCCCUCUGAGAACUCCAGAGCGCUCGAAUCGCGCCGCUGUCGUCGCUGUAACUGUGAAAGAAUCUGCGUCUCAGCCCGAUUCUAGUUGUAGACCGAGUGAUUUGUGCUUUGAGGAAAGUUGCUUUGUAAGUUUUACGUAGAUAUAUUGAACCCGUGCACUGAUAAGGAAAACAAAGAUUUUUUGGGGGAAAUUCUGAUGUGACAGAUCUCGUAUCAAUAUUCGUUUGUCCCGUGUGACAGCUUUCGAAGAUCUAUAGACUAGUACUACGAACUGAUGGCAGUCUAACUUAAAGACUAGUACUACGAACUUGACGACAGACUAAAUUUAAAGACUAGUACUACGAACCAAGACUAAUAGACAACGCGUUCCACCUUACUUAUCGGGAACAAACUACUUUUCCGAACAGGUUAUAUAGUAAGUGUCGUCGUAUCCUUGGAGCUCGUGCCCUGAGCUACGAGUUGCUCCAAAUUCUCGGCGCGUGUCCACGAACCACCGCACGGAAUCUUCACAGUUUCAAGCCGUUUUGUCUCGAUCGGCUGCCGACGGACGGCACAGGCCCCCCCACAGUUUCUCCUCCUGCCCGGCAGAAGAAGGUAGUACAGUUAUAACCUCGGGUUACUCCCUUGCACGACGCCACGGUAUACCAAGUCCCGCCCCACGACCGUACCCAGAGAAUAACUUUGUGUUCGACGUAGGUAUUUUGGAGCUGUGUCGACAUCUGCAGAACCAACGUCGGGAUUUUGUGCGGUUAACGACAUUUACGAGACAUGGGCACGACAAGAAGGAAGUUAUGGGCUGGGUGGAUUCUGUGGCUGUCAGUCUCUCCAGUCUACACCCAAAUACUGAUUGACCUUGGAGCCAUCCAGGAUGAACUGGAAUCAAGGAAUCUCAGGAAUGAAAGACAGCCCGCGUCAUCUGACCUUCAUGACGUUCCGCUGGCAUAUAACCCUCACGGUGAAGAAGUUUUUCGGAAAAUUGCUGAUGGCAACACUGGAGUUGGUGACGUCACGCAACAACAAACGCCAGCUCUCUGGGAGAGAGUCACCAAUGAGGAGACGUUUCCAUAUCCAAGCAUCAUUUACACCUUCAGUGAACCCCAGCAGACCGAACGGCAAGCUGAUUGGCCAACAACAGACACUGAUGAUGAAGGAGAAUCGACCCCAGUAGGUGUAGUACCUCAAGGAGAAGAGACCUUCAUUCCAUCCUCAGAGGACACAAGGACAAACACCGAUACAGAUCCUGAAUUUCCAGGAUGGUAUGGAGACACUACGCCUUUCCAGGAGCAGACCUCGUCUCAAGAGGUCGAGGACGACCAGGAGGCACAAGCACCCGAGGAAGAAGUCGAGACUACUAAAGCCAGUAGCUCUCGCCUGCUCCCGAGCUCCUCAGUUCUCGAGAUGAUGGUCAAAGAAAUGAGGCCUGACUUGAGUGGGGAACAGAUGAGGAUGCGAGGCUUCUCUGGUACUAACAAGAACGCGUAUGUAGAUCACUGGGGUGAAGAACAAGAAGAGGAAUCCACUCAGAGGAUAAACUCAGUCGAUUAUGACCUCAGCUCACUUUAUAACAAUCAGGAUGCCCUUCUAAUCGACGACAACAGAGAUCCUGCAAAUACAUUCGGAGGUCACAUCUCCUACCAAGAGCCAGGGCCCUCUGAUGACCACAGCAACAACAACCGUCACCAACAACAGGGGUCCUUCACUGGCCCCCCAUUUCCUCAGGAGCAUCCGGAAGAAGGACUCCUUCCCCCCCAUCAGUUCAGCAGUAGACACGGACUCCCUUACACGGACGAGUCGCCCAAACACUUCAAGAACGAGGCCCUCAAAGCCCAGUCCUUCCGGCGGGAAAGCGACCGGGUCAAGUCAAAGCAUAACGCUAGCCAGGGGGCCUCUGGGAUUCAGGGUCUCCUGCAGCACGUCCUUCGGCAGCACGAGAACCACGCCUCUCCCGAGGAGCCGGUUCCCAGCUCCACGGGCGCCUUCGCGGAGAACGUCGACACUUUCAACAUUGUCAUCACCAAGAAUUUGACGGCGGGUCACUCCAAGCCGACUGUCCAGUAUCUCUCAGAUACUAAGGUGAAUGCAAUGCUCCUCAACUCCACCGUCAGUUCUGUGAACACAGUGUCGUCUCUCCGGAAUGUUGUGGAUAAGGCCAUACAUGAGGCUAUGGCCACCAACCCCGUGACUUUCCAAGAGGCCAUUGCACAGGUGAUCGAGAAACCCGGCUCUGUCCCAACAGUGAAUGUCGUUAACUCGAGCAUUCCAGAUCUGGGCCAGCUCGAAUCAACCAUCAACUCUCUCCUGGGUUCUGAAGUUGUUUACGAAGAAGAAGACCGGAAGUCCAACAGUGUGCAUGGGUAUAUACCCUCCCCCAAUGGCUCAGUGGUAAACAGGCUCAUGAAUAACACCAUAGGAAUCGAUAAUCUCAAUAUCAAUUCAACCUCAAAGACCAACAUUGUAAACAUAUUCAUCAUUAACAUUAUUGGUGGAGCUGAGGUCAGCACGAGUGAAGAUUCGCCACCUUCAUCUGUGGUUCCUAUUUCUACUUCGGCAGGCAGCGAUGAACUUUCCAACCUAGAGCCUGUUCCAUCAGGAUUCUCUCAUCACCCAGAGGGCCCUCCUCUGAACAGUCCUCAUCUAAUAAGCCUCAUUGAAGGAGGUUUGAUUGGCCCUGUGCCUCAUCUACCCUCUGCAGGCAUAAGUGAGCCACUGCCCCCAGCACCACCUUACGAAGGAUUCUAUGUAAACCCAUCUUCCAGUGCGUUGCCAUCAUCUGGUUAUAUUGACCCAGAGAGCUUAGUGCCUGAAGGGGAGUUACUACUGGUGACUGCUGAGCAAGGGCAGGGAAUUGAAAGCACAAGUUCAGUUCCCGAGGUUACAUAUGAUGGAAUUGUCUUGAAUCACAAUUAUGUCUUAAAUCUCCUUCCUGAAUUUGUAAAAGCAACAACUAUUCCUCCUAUAGUUCCUUUGUACAAUACUACCGCUCAUAAUAUCUUAGGAAAAAAGCCCUCAGUUUUAGGUCUACUUCCAAACCAACUUUUCCAAAUCACAAGACCAUUAGUGGAUUCUUCCAGUAAUCAUACAAGAGGAGGAGUUAUGCGAGUAAAGCCUGUGGGGAAUGUGACAGCUUAUUUUGCAAAUCACCAGCUUCCAACUUCAUAUGCACCUCAAUCCCCACGACUAGAAAACUCUUCUUUCACUAGAAUUUUGUCAACAAAACCCUUUCCUCCUGUACCAGGUCAUAGUAUUCCUCGCCACCCUAACCCUUAUCAGAGUCCAUAUCAUGCAUUUAAUAUUGUUAGUGAAACUAGAAGAGAAAAUAGAGAUGACAUGAAUUUAGUUCAGCUGACUCGAAAUGAAACUGAGACUAGCCAUGAAAAAAAGUUACCCCAAAAAGUAUCUCCUAGAACACAGACUGUGAAACCAGAAGAAACUGUGCCGCCAGUUAAAGAGAUAAGUCAGCAAACUAAGGCUCAGGAGACAAAAGAAGUAUUACAAAAGGAUAAAAUUGCAUCUGAUGAUAUAAUACCAGAGGGAGGAGCUUUAGAUAGUCUUAUGAAAGCAGUUGCUGUUGGAGCAUUACCAAGUGGCAUUGCUGUUGCUACUGCUCUUUGGCCUUAUUGGGCUCCGUUCCUUCUUGGAAAACGAAGAAAGAGAGAGAGUGGACCGUAUCUGCCUCUGCCUGAAUCUUCUUUGGCUAGGUCACUUGAUUUGGAUUCGUCUCAAUUGGAGCAUCUCAUAUAUAAUAUGCAAAAAGCGGAAAAUGAACGAAAAGACUUGGUAAUUAAGGCUGAAGAAAGAGCUCGUUCAGGAAUACCUGUAGAUUGGCUGAGUAUCCUCACUGGAACUAAAUACAAGGAGGCUGGAACUGAAUUUCCAUCAGCAUGGAAUAAAACUACCCUCAAGAAAACCAAUGCUCAAAUAAAGAAUAGAAGGCCAUCAUCGGCUCCAAAGCUUAAAGAAAAAACUCUUACUACUGACUCAUUACCAGAAACAGAUCCUACUCCACUCAGGAGCACAGUUCAAGGCACCACAGAAAUGACAAACACAGAGAUAUUGCCAGUUGAUGAAGAGAAGCCUGUAACACUCUCUGAAAAUGACGCAGCUAAAUCAGGAGAAGGGACUUUGAAAUCUGGAGCCACAGAGCCAACUGUAAUACAGCCUGGAAAUGGAGAAUCUAAAAGUAAGGACAAUACAAAAGGGGAAAAAGACUCUGUGACUCCUGGUGUUAUCAGAACUACAGAGAAAGCCACAACAGUGAAACGAUCAACAGAUCAGUCAGAUAAUAUUGAAACAGGUGAGAAAAUGGACCAGUCUAUUACGCAAGUUAUAUCAUCAUUAACAUCAGAAGAAAGUUCUGGCUAUGAUGACUCCUCACAGCCAGUAAGUACAGUGAGUGGUCAGGAAAAAGAGGAUGGUAGCUCCCCUGAUGUUGCCUUAGUUACAAAUUUCCUUUACAGUGCCAUUAAUGAAUGGAAUCAUGACCAAGAAACUGGGAGUGAAAGUCCUAAUUUCCCAGCUCCUAAAGAAGGGUCUCCAAUUGCAGAUUCUACUGAAUUUAUUGACAUAGAGUUGAUCACAGAUGCUCCUCAGCAGAUGGUAACUGGUACAAAUAGUCCAAUAGUUUUCAUCAAUGGUGUGCCAAUGAUAACUGAUGGUACCAGUGGAGCCUCUCGUCCUAUUUACAGCAUUCAGCAACCCCAAAGACCAAACUCAGCAUUCACUAGAACACCACCUAUCAACCCAGGUAACUCUGCACAACCAAGCGCUACUGUAACUUCUUCCAGCGGAGAACAAAGCAUCACAGCUUUCAUAAAUAAUCAGCCUAUAACAACUCCAGUGAAAGACUCAAACACAGCAUUCAUCAACAUUGAAACAUCACCAAAUCCCCUUGAUUUGCACCACGUUAGUAUUGAUCUUUCCCCAGAGUGGGUGACUGAGAAAACGACGGCCAAUCCUGUUACACAAUUUGAUUUCCCCACAACUGCUCCAUCUACAACAAGCACAACUUCUGCACCUACAACUGCUGCAACAACCACGCCCACUACAACAACGACAACCACUUCACCCACACCGCCCCCUGUUAGAGCAGAUCCUCCAACUACUACGACCACAACCACAACUACCACCACCACCACUACUACGACUACUGAACCGACCACUACCACAACAACAAUUGCUCCUGGGUUCUUUGACUCCGUUGCCUCGGCAGUGUUAGACUCAAACGGCCAAUUUCAGCAAGCUAUGGGCUUCGUCGGCUCCGUUGCCGUGUACGGGGCAGCAGCCCUCAUGCCUCUGUGGCUGCCCAUUGUCCUGGGCAAGAGACGCCGAAGGAGAGAUCUCCAGUCAGAGGACGACAUUGAGGAAGCCCUAAAUAUUCUGCAGAUGACCCAGGACCCUCCAUUCAUAGAGGGAGAAACAGAUUUGUAUGAAUCUAAGAGCCUGACCGAAGGGACUUCCAUGUCUGUUGGCAAUACAGAUGAUGAAGUUGAUCUGUUCAGACACUAUCCAUCCCUAAAAAAGUUUGUCUUCUACGUUUUAAAAGAAGUUCAGAAACAAAAGAAAGCCAAGUAAAGUUUUCGUCUUUGAAAGCUGCAAUUCAGUUUAAGGUAUACUGUAUGUGUAAGAGUUAAUAUUUUACUGUUUGAUAAAUUGCGAGUCAGGAAACAGGCCAUGCCUUCAAGACUUCUACUGACCAGCUGUGAACUUCUCAGAAAAUUCUGGCAGAUAUUAAACUAACAGGUGGGGUUAGUAGCUGACUUGAAAUUAAGCAUAUCUUAAUUGUAGCAUUAUCUGCUUUCUUGCCUAUAGUUAACUUUUAUUUAUUCCCUAGAGAGUUAUUUAAAUAUUUAUUCGUUAAUUUAUUUAUUGAAUAUUUUUAUUAUAUAACAGGAUGCAAUAGCAAGGAAGUUGUUAUGACAUAUUUGCAUAAGGAAGGACGCUCUCCAAAUGGCUCCCCCAUUUAUCUGACAAGACUUGUCUAGUAUUCAAGUACAAUUCAGAUUGAUGGUCUUCUUUCAUUUCCAUUCGGUUAACAUUAUUAUGCACCUUUCUGUAAACGAGAAGGAAUUGUAAAUACCUGAUUAGUUCAAAAUACGGCCAUCCAAAAACUCCGUCGAGCAUUUGAGGCAGCUGUGGGAAACUUACCCUGCGAAUAUGCCAAAUAAUUUAUAAAAAAAAAAAUUAAAUCUUAAACUUUGUUAGACUACAGAAGGAUGCUGUAAAGAAAUCUACUUUUCAUUUACUUGAAAAUGGGUGUUUUUCCUUGAACGAAGACUAGGUUUUUAAAAAUACCUAUGAUAUCUGUAACAAUUUUUCCUGGUUUUCAGAAUGUUACAUAAAUUUAGUUCCAAGUAUACUAGUAACUCAUUUUACAGGGAGGCGUUCUGUAUAGAUAAGAAAGGUAUUAAUUCUUGAGCCAAAUAGCCUUUUCAAACAAUAGAGAUCCAUCUUAUUAUCAUAUUAGGGUUAAUAAGUAAUUAUUUUUUUUAGUUGUUAUCUGUUACUUGUAUAUAAUGUUGAUGUUAUCGCCUUUUGAAAGAAUUUACGUCCUCGUGAGGGUGUCUGGUAAACAUGUUAAGUUUUCUGAAUAAAUCAGCAUUGUUAACUUUUUAAA